AACGGUGAAAAAUGUCUUGCACAAAUCUGGUGUUUGUUACUUUCCUCGCUUUCUUUGUUUGCUUUCGUCUUCUUCCAGUGAAAGGAGGGCAAGUUUUCAAAUUAGGUAAGCGAAUGAAACUCUCUAAUGAGUAUAGUUUGUUAAAUUAAAUCGUCUGAAGGGAAAUGUUUCAGUUAACCUGGCCAGUUGGCGGUUAACAACAAGUUUAUACAUGUAUUUGCAUUUUAGGUGCUAUUUUCCCCAAGAACAACACAGAUUUAGACGAAAAGAUUUUAAGGUUUGCAAUCGACGCCGUGAAUAAAGAGGGAUGGCUCUCCAAUAUCACUCUUAACUGUUCGAUACGAUAUGCGGCUGCAGAUAAUUCGUUUGAGAAUAUUUAUAAAGGUAUGUUGGAACAAUUUACCCUGUUCAAGUGCUUCACCCCAGAUCAUAAAAUUUUAACAGAUCCGAAGUCUUCUUUCGACGAGAAAAAGACCGUCUGAGGUUACCUAAAUACCGUAAAGUCUUUACAUUUCUCAUUUCUCUAACGGUAUUUCCCUUUUUUAAGGGCUAACCGUUAAUUUACAGGAAAUGGAUGUGGUAGAUGUGUCAAUGCGAAACAAUUCUUUGGCGCUCAUUGAAACAGCGUGACAUAUCACACUCUAAUCUAUAAUAAAUAGUGACAAUUUUUUCCCUCACAAACGCGAAAAAGUAUAAUUAAAAUUGAUUAACAUACUCAUUUUUAGAAACUGAAAUAAAUACUCGUGCACCUUAUCAAAAUGAAAAGUUAAUUUUAUCGUUAAAUAUUAAAAAGCGUCCUCCAAUUUAAACUUCACUUUCUUAAAACGUGGCUUUUGGCAAAUGGCACGUUGUUCAAUCAAAAUUUUUCCUCAUCUAUCAUGAUGGUAAAAGCAAUAUAUUGUGAAUGAAACAUCUGUUCUUCAGAGAGAUUUUUAAUUUUUGAAUGCCAACAAAUUAUCUCAAAUUGCUACAAUGCUUAAUUUUCGCACAAUAUUUAUGCUGUUUUUUCUCUCCUUCUUUGGCUUCGGUAAUAGUUGUGUACUUAGUUGCCAAGCCUUUGAUUUAGAGUGAGGCUGAAGGUGAUCUUGUUGUGAUAGAGACCAGUAUCAAGUUAGCAUGAUAGCAAAGUAAUUUGCAUUCGAAAGCAGCAAGGUUUUUAUCAAAACAAGGUCAACCUUAGCCUGUCCAAAGCCUUGGAAACCAAGCACACAACUGUAAAAUGGACUAUUUGUAAUUUUCUUUCCUACUGUGUGAAUGCAAUUACAAAAUUACCUAGCUGUUCGUGAAAGGUUGAACGCGGUGUUUCAUCGCGUGGUCCAUUUUAAGUCAUAUUUAAAUUUUUAUGGAUGAAACUGAAUGCAUUCCGAACAAAAAAAGAAUCUUAACUUUUUUUUUUUAGUGUCAGUGGAUGCCAUGAUCAUCCAUAGCAAGGUUACUGAAAAAAAUCUGCCUUAUCAUACCUUUAACUUAAAAGUCUCGCAAAAGAGAAAAGAAUUGUAUGCAUUGUCUCCCGACCCCUGAGAGUUUCGGUGCGCCAGUGAUUGCGAAUCCUUCCUAGCGCCAUACAGCUUUGGUUCAAGUCAGAGGUAGCCUGCAGAACAGCAUUUUUCAGUCAAACGGAGGAGGACUCCCCUCGCGCGCGACUAGCAAUUCGCACUCGCUUAACACUUGUCUCCGUUCGCCUGUGAGACACAAAAAUUAACGCCGGUUCUGCAGGCUAAGUCAGAGGAAGUUAUGUGAACAUUAUGAACAUAGCGGUCAAACGUUUGCUCAUGUGUAAACGCUUAAACAGUACGAUGACCGGCCCGACAUCUUACUUUCAGGCCGCUAGAACCCGAGUAGUCUCACAGGAGUCAUUAACAACCAAUAAAGCCGGUAAAUCACGGUGUUUUUGAACAGUUCAACGUUUUUGAAACUCAAGACAAGAUGUUGAAUGAAUAAAAAAACCUUUGUGUCACUUAUAAACUCAUCAUUUUACACUUACUUCCUUUGUUUAGUCAAUCAACUGAUCAACGAGGGAGUGAUUGCAAUCAUUGGUCCAAAGACUUCAGUUGCCGUGAAAGCGACGUACUCAUUAUGUUCUAAGUUGCAAAUUCCCCAAAUUAGUGCCAGUGCUACGGAUCCAGAAUUUUUCUUCAAUUUUCGUCGUUAUAGUUACUUGCUGCGCAUGUCUCCUGGUGAUACACAAAUGAAUAUUGUGAUGAAGGAAUUAAUUGCACACCACAAGUGGAAAAGAAUGGGAAUCUUAACAGCAAGCACACUUUAUGGUAAGCCAUUUAUUUUUCACUUGAACACAAUGAACGGCGUGUUAGGCACCACUCAACCAUAUCCAUAGCCAGAGGGUCUUCAUGUGGUUAACCCAUCAGCAGUCAGGCGUAAAAAAAAUUGGCAAAUUUUGACCGUCAGUUUAAAAAUAGAUUAACCGUAAUAUUUUUUUCGUCGACCACGUCGGAAAGAAACUGACGGUUAGCCGUAAAAUGGCCUAAAUUUUAAAUGUUAG